AGGGUGACGUGAAAAUUAAAUUGGAGGUGUUUCUGGCAUUAUGGCCUCUCUGAACGCUGAACUGUAUUUCCUGUGUGGUGAAAUACAGUAUUCUAUUAGUAUCUUCGAAUGCUAUGACUAAUGUGCCACCAAGUCACAAUCUUUCCAGAGUUUCUGGUGAUGACUGACAGUUAUUUACAUAAAAUAGUAGAGGAAGCAGCGGUUACUAGUGUGCAAAUCCCUCUGUAUUGAACAGCAUGUCCAUCCCUGGCGCCCUUGUUCUUUCCACGUUAAGCAAAUAACGGGUUUUCGAGAUAGCAAGAGGUUGGGCUGGGACUGGAGGGACAAAGGGUUGCUACUUGUUACUGCUGAGGCUGCGUGAUCUCCAUCUGCCGUGCCUGAUGGACCCCCAUCUCUGUCCGGGAACUUUUGGAGAAUCCAAACGUCAAACUUUACAUUUAUAUCGGGAUUUGCCAGGUGGCCCGCUCACCAGACCGGACGAGAUAGAGGAGAACCCCGGAAGCGCUGCUUUUAUUAGUUUUCCGCGCCCGGCUCAAGUUCAGAGAUGCGGUGUUGCAAGAACAACGGCCCGCGGCGGGAAGGCGCCUCCAGACGCCGGAACCUUUGGUUCCAGCCCGCGCUGGCAGCGCCCAGGACUUGGCGAAGAGAGGACGGCGCGCGGCUAUGGCGGCGGUGGUGGCGCCGGCUCUGAAGCACUGGCGCACUACGCUGGAGCGGGUGGAGAAGUUCGUGUCGCCGCUCUAUUUUACCGACUGUAAUCUCCGCGGCAGGCUCUUCGGGGACAGCUGCCCGGUUACCGCGCUCUCCAGCUUCCUGACACCCGAGAGGCUUCCCUACCAGGAGGCAGUCCAGCAGGACUUCCGCCCCGCGCAGGUCGGCGACAGCUUCGGACCCACAUGGUGGACCUGUUGGUUCCGGGUAGAGCUGACCAUCCCAGAGGCAUGGGUAGGUCAGGAAGUUCACCUUCGCUGGGAAAGUGAUGGAGAAGGCCUAGUGUGGCAUGAUGGGGAACCUGUACAGGGUUUGACCAAAGAGGGAGAGAAGACCAGCUAUGUCCUGACUGACAGUCUGGGGGCAGGAGACCCCCGGAGCCUGACCCUCUAUGUGGAAGUGGCCUGCAAUGGUCUCCUGGGGGCUGGCAAGGGAAUGAUGAUUGCAGCCCCUGACCCAGAGAAGAUGUUCCAGGUGAGCCGGGCCGAGUUGGCUGUGUUCCACCGGGAUGUCCAUCAGCUCCUGGUGGACCUGGAGCUGCUGCUGGGCAUCGCCAAGGGCCUCGGGGAAGACAGCCAGCGCAGCUUCCAGGCGCUGUACACAGCCAACCAGAUGGUGAACGUGUGUGACCCCACCCAGCCCCAGACAUUCCCGCUGGCCCGGGACCUGGCCUCCAGGUUCUUCCGCCAACGUGGAGGUGAAAGCCAGCAUACCAUCCAUGCCACGGGGCACUGCCACAUUGAUACAGCCUGGCUUUGGCCUUUCAAGGAGACUGUGCGGAAAUGUGCCCGGAGCUGGGUAACAGCCAUGCAACUCAUGGAGCGGAACCCUGAGUUCAUCUUUGCCUGCUCCCAGGCGCAGCAGCUGGAGUGGGUGAAGACCCACUAUCCUGGCGUGCACGCCCGGCUCCAGGAGUUCGCCUGCCGCGGGCAGUUUGUGCCUGUCGGGGGCACCUGGGUGGAGAUGGAUGGGAACCUGCCCAGUGGAGAGGCUAUGGUGAGGCAGUUCCUCCAGGGCCAGCGCUUCUUUCUGCAGGAGUUCGGGAAGAUGUGUUCCGAGUUCUGGCUGCCAGACACAUUUGGCUACUCAGCUCAGCUCCCCCAGAUCAUGCGCGGCUGUGGCAUCAGGCACUUCCUGACCCAGAAACUAAGCUGGAAUUUGGUGAACUCCUUCCCGCACCAUACCUUUUUCUGGGAGGGGCUGGAUGGCUCCCGUGUGCUGACCCACUUCCCACCCGGUGACUCAUACGGGAUGGAGGGCAGUGUGGAGGAGGUGCUGAAGACAGUGGCCAAAAACCGGGACAAAGGGCGAACCAACCACAGUGCUUUCCUCUUUGGCUUUGGGGAUGGGGGCGGUGGCCCCACCCAGACCAUGGUGGACCGCCUGAAGCGACUGUGCAAUACAGAUGGGCUGCCCAGGGUGCAGCUGUCUUCUCCCGGGCGACUCUUUACGGCACUGGAGAGUGAAUCGGGGCAGCUGUGCACAUGGGUCGGGGAGCUCUUCCUGGAGCUGCAUAAUGGCACCUACACCACCCACGCCCAGAUCAAGAAAGGGAACCGGGAAUGUGAACGCAUCCUGCACGACGUGGAGCUGCUCAGCAGCCUGGCCCUGGCCCGCAGUGCUCAGUUCCUAUACCCGGCAGCCCAGCUGCAGCACCUCUGGAGGCUCCUGCUCCUGAACCAGUUCCAUGACGUAGUGACAGGAAGUUGCAUUCAGCUGGUAGCAGAGGAGGCCAUGUCCCACUAUGAAGACAUCCGUUCCCAUGGCAACACACUGCUCAGCACCGCAGCGGCAGCCCUGUGUGCUGGGGAGCCAGGUCCUGAGGGUCUCCUCAUUGUCAACACACUGCCCUGGAAGCGCACUGAAGUGCUGGCCCUGCCCAGGCCUGGCGGGGCCCACAGCCUAGCCCUAGUGACAGUGCCCAGCAUGGGGUAUGCUCCUGCUCCCGCCCCCACCUCACUGCAGCCCCUCCUGCCCCAGCAGCCUGUGUUCGUCCUGCAAGAGACUGAUGGUUCUGUGACUCUGGACAACGGCAUCAUCCGGGUGAGGCUGGACCCGACCGGCCGCCUGACAUCCCUGGUGCUGGUGGCCUCUGGCAGGGAGGCCAUUGCCGAGGGUGCCGUGGGGAACCAGUUUGUGCUGUUUGAUGAUGUCCCCCUGUACUGGGAUGCGUGGGACGUCAUGGACUACCACCUAGAGACAAGGAAGCCAGUGCUGGGCCAGGCAGGGACCCUGGCAGUGGGCACUGAGGGCGGUGUGCGGGGCAGCGCCUGGUUCCUCCUGCAGAUCAGCCCCAAAAGCCGACUCAGCCAGGAGGUUGUCCUGGACGUCGGCUGCCCCUAUGUCCGCUUCCACACCGAGGUGCACUGGCACGAGGCCCACAAGUUCCUGAAGGUGGAGUUCCCUGCCCGCGUGCGGAGCCCCCAGGCCACCUAUGAGAUCCAGUUCGGGCACCUGCAGCGGCCCACCCACUACAACACCUCUUGGGACUGGGCGCGAUAUGAGGUGUGGGCGCACCGCUGGAUGGAUCUGUCAGAGCACGGCUUUGGGCUGGCCCUGCUCAACGACUGCAAGUACGGCGCGUCAGUACACGGCAACGUCCUCAGCCUGUCGCUCUUGCGGGCACCCAAGGCCCCUGACGCCUCUGCUGACAUGGGGCGCCACGAGUUCACCUACGCGCUGAUGCCGCACAAGGGUUCCUUCCAGGACGCUGGCGUUAUUCGCGCGGCCUACAGCCUCAAUUUCCCCCUGUUGCCCCUGCCUGCCCCGGGCCCGGCGCCCGCCGCUGCCUGGAGUGCCUUCUCAGUGUCCUCGCCGGCAGUUGUGCUGGAGACCGUCAAGCAGGCAAGGGGAGGGGCGGGAUGGGGCCCGAGCUGGGUUCCCCUGGGCCCCGCCCACCGCCUACCUCCCACCUCCCUCCGCAGGCUGAGACUAGUCCCCUGGGCCGCACGCUGGUCCUCAGGCUGUACGAGGCCCAUGGCAGCCACGUGGACUGCUGGCUGCAAACAUCACUGCCGGUUCAGGAGGCCGUCCUCUGCGACCUCCUGGAACAGCGCGACCCUGCUGGCCACUUGCCCCUUAUGGACGCCUGCCUGAAGCUCACCUUUUCGCCCUUCCAAGUGCGAUCCCUGUUGCUCAUACUGCAGCCCCCACCAAACUGAGUCCCUGAGGGUGGGGUUUGUUUGUGGAAAGCUUUGGGGGCUCCCCCUCUUGCCUCCCCAGCCUGAUGCCAGGAUGAAUCUCCUCUCCAACAAUAAAUCCUGGGCUUAGGAACCCU